AUGGGAAUGAUGAUGUCCAGGCAAGAACACUUGGGGCAGUACUGGGCUGAGCUGUCCAAAAACAUUGACGAUACUGAGUCCAUGAACACAGCCUACACCAGACUGCUCCAGCACAAGAAAGCCAGCAUAGAUGAGACUGUCAGUACACAAGCCCAGACAUUCAUUCAUCAAAUGAAUUCCCACACAAAGUCAAAUGUAGCAAGGGUUGAACAGACAUUACAGUAUAUUGGUAGAGAUGAAGAACUAUGUCAGCAGGCACUUCCACUUCUCACUGGACUGGAAAUGGAAAACAGCAAGGCAUGGACUCAAGUCUCCCAGAUGUUCCGGGAUAAAUAUGACACUUUGCUGAAUGACCAGGGACGUUACCUACAGGAACAUGAGGCUUUACAUCAGACAAAUGAGGCCCGCUGA